AUGGCCGGCGGAGGUGGGGGUGGAGGGGGCGCGGGCGGGGGCGGCGGGUACCGCGACGCGGAGCUGGCGCGGCCGCUGACGGCGGGCGAGGAGGAGCUGCAGCUGCAGCUGGCGCUGGCCAUGUCCCGCGAGGAGGCCGAGCGCGACGAGCGCCGCCGCCGCUCCGACGACGUGCGCCUGCAGCUGGCGCUCAGCCAGUCCCAGAACGACUUCCAGUCAGUACGCACCACACUACACUACACUACACUACACUACACUACACUACACUACACUACAGCCGCCCCUAGCGCUCCCAUGUCCCGCGAGGAGGCCGAGCGCGACGAGCGCCGCCGCCGCUCCGACGACGUGCGCCUGCAGCUGGCGCUCAGCCAGUCCCAGAACGACUUCCAGUCAGUACGCACCACACUACACUACACUACACUACACUACACUACACUACACUACACUACAGCCGCCCCUAGCGCUCCCAUGUCCCGCGAGGAGGCCGAGCGCGACGAGCGCCGCCGCCGCUCCGACGACGUGCGCCUGCAGCUGGCGCUCAGCCAGUCCCAGAACGACUUCCAGUCAGUACGCACCACACUACACUACACUACACUACACUACACUACACUACACUACACUACAGCCGCCCCUAGCGCUCCCAUGUCCCGCGAGGAGGCCGAGCGCGACGAGCGCCGCCGCCGCUCCGACGACGUGCGCCUGCAGCUGGCGCUCAGCCAGUCCCAGAACGACUUCCACGCUCCCAUGUCCCGCGAGGAGGCCGAGCGCGACGAGCGCCGCCGCCGCUCCGACGACGUGCGCCUGCAGCUGGCGCUCAGCCAGUCCCAGAACGACUUCCAGUCAGUACGCCCACCACACUACACUACACUACACUACACUACACUACAGCCGCCCCUAGCGCUCCCAUGUCCCGCGAGGAGGCCGAGCGCGACGAGCGCCGCCGCCGCUCCGACGACGUGCGCCUGCAGCUGGCGCUCAGCCAGUCCCAGAACGACUUCCAGUCAGUACGCCCACCACACUACACUACACUACACUACACUACACUACACUACAGCCGCCCCUAGCGCUCCCAUGUCCCGCGAGGAGGCCGAGCGCGACGAGCGCCGCCGCCGCUCCGACGACGUGCGCCUGCAGCUGGCGCUCAGCCAGUCCCAGAACGACUUCCACGCUCCCAUGUCCCGCGAGGAGGCCGAGCGCGACGAGCGCCGCCGCCGCUCCGACGACGUGCGCCUGCAGCUGGCGCUCAGCCAGUCCCAGAACGACUUCCAGUCAGUACGCACCACACUACACUACACUACACUACACUACACUACACUACAGCCGCCCCUAGCGCUCCCAUGUCCCGCGAGGAGGCCGAGCGCGACGAGCGCCGCCGCCGCUCCGACGACGUGCGCCUGCAGCUGGCGCUCAGCCAGUCCCAGAACGACUUCCAGUCAGUACGCACCACACUACACUACACUACACUACACUACACUACACUACACUACAGCCGCCCCUAGCGCUCCCAUGUCCCGCGAGGAGGCCGAGCGCGACGAGCGCCGCCGCCGCUCCGACGACGUGCGCCUGCAGCUGGCGCUCAGCCAGUCCCAGAACGACUUCCAGUCAGUACGCACCACACUACACUACACUACACUACACUACACUACAGCCGCCCCUAGCGCUCCCAUGUCCCGCGAGGAGGCCGAGCGCGACGAGCGCCGCCGCCGCUCCGACGACGUGCGCCUGCAGCUGGCGCUCAGCCAGUCCCAGAACGACUUCCAGUCAGUACGCACCACACUACACUACACUACACUACACUACACUACACUACAGCCGCCCCUAGCGCUCCCAUGUCCCGCGAGGAGGCCGAGCGCGACGAGCGCCGCCGCCGCUCCGACGACGUGCGCCUGCAGCUGGCGCUCAGCCAGUCCCAGAACGACUUCCAGUCAGUACGCACCACACUACACUACACUACACUACACUACACUACACUACACUACAGCCGCCCCUAGCGCUCCCAUGUCCCGCGAGGAGGCCGAGCGCGACGAGCGCCGCCGCCGCUCCGACGACGUGCGCCUGCAGCUGGCGCUCAGCCAGUCCCAGAACGACUUCCAGUCAGUACGCACCACACUACACUACACUACACUACACUACACUACACUACAGCCGCCCCUAGCGCUCCCAUGUCCCGCGAGGAGGCCGAGCGCGACGAGCGCCGCCGCCGCUCCGACGACGUGCGCCUGCAGCUGGCGCUCAGCCACCGCCCCUAGCGCUCCCAUGUCCCGCGAGGAGGCCGAGCGCGACGAGCGCCGCCGCCGCUCCGACGACGUGCGCCUGCAGCUGGCGCUCAGCCAGUCCCAGAACGACUUCCAAGCACCGGCGGGCGAGAAGAAGUCAUCCCCCCAGCAGUCGCACCUGCUGGACCUGCUGGACGUGAACCUGUUGCCCUCCGCGCCCGCCCCCCACGCCGCCCCCGCCCCCGCCCCCGCCGACCCCUGGGGGCUGCCGUCGCCGCCACACAGGCAGGUCAGUCGUACACAUCUACACUAACUUUUUUUGGACGAUGAAUCUUGCGACAAAUCAAUCUGUGAUCUUGAUAUUGUAAUGUAUUGGUUGAUGCCAGAUCCAAAUGGACCGCGUAUUAUACAGAUAAUUUGAUUUUUAUCAUCAACUCUCAACUUUGACCUCAGACAAUACAGAUUAAUUAUCUAUAAGUCAGCUGACACGUUAGUAUUUAAGGGAACACCACAAUAAAUAAAUAAAUAUUAAUAUGUUCAUGCCAUAUAUUUUGCAGGGUAGGCAGAGAAAACAAAAAAUUCACCAUACUUACAGCUUUUUGUGUCUACAUCUAGUCGAUGACUGACUUUCUCUAAUCUAUUAUAUAGUAAUGGAAAGUGACUUCACCACACAAAGUUUAACUUUGACAAGAUUUCUCUGUAUAUAAAUAAAACAGGGAGAAAAAAGCAGCCCUUGAUGAGUUUCUCGUUUAUUAUAAACUUUAUUCUGUCCGAAUCUGACAGAAAAGAUUUAAGACUCUUGUAA